GGAUUGGACAGUCUUCUUUCAAAUUUUCGAUUCAUUUUAAUAUAUAUUUUUUUUUAAUUUUUUUUUUUUUUUUUUUUUAGGAGAUUGUUCCAUUUUUGGAUCUGUCCGAUCUUUCCCACUUGUGUGCUGCCUGCCUACCUGUUCCUCCCCCUCUGGGCACGACAGUGCAUGCCACUGCUCACUCGAUCACAGACCAAGGCCAUGGACCGGAAGGCGGGAGAAUCCCUCCUGGCCUAUGAGGAACACCUGGCUGCAUUCAUCCAGGAGGCCAACGAUAGGACCGCCGCCACGGCCAAGGAACGUAACUGGAUCGAGCAAGAAGAGGAGGCCAAGCGACAGCAGGAGAAACAGGACCGACUUCGUCAAGAGGAGGCAGACCUGCAGGCUGCAGCCGAACACCGGUCACGCCAACGGGAACGACUGUUCACGCGGGAGACUGUGAUCGGCGAUGAGAUCACACAUUGGGUGGAAAUGGCAUCUGCGGACGAGGCCUCGGAGACUGACAAAGGGCUGUCAGCCGUUGCGCAGAUCUCCCACGACCUCGUGGCCACCUGCGCUCUGCAUCAGGAGGAAAUCCUUCACCUGCAGCAAACAGUGGACCAGAUGCUUGUACGACUGCAGGCGUCGGAGAAACAACCAGUUGCUGCAACAGCCGCAGGGCCUUCCAACCUUGCCACCCGUGUUCAAGUUUUGGAGGAUGACGUCAGCAACAUCAAGCGUGUGCAUUAGGACUUCUGGACGUCACAGCAAGCAACAAACUUGCAGUUGGAGA